AUGGCCCUAAUUAAUAACCAACAGGGAAAGAGAACAAUUCAGGCUAUCAAGAAUAGGAAGGGAGAGAUACAGAAUAAACCUGAAAAUAUCAUUGUAGAAUUUGAUAGGUACUUUGAGUUAUUAUACAAAUUUGAGUCAAAAUUUAGUGAGGAAGAAUUGAAAAACUGUUUGGAUGAAAUAAUGUUGCCUAGAGUCCCAGAGGAAGAACUAGAGGCAUUGAAUGGACCAUUGGCGGUUGAUGAAGUACAUAAAGUAUUAGGAACGAUAAAAGGGAAUACAACCCCAGGAGGGGACGGGUUCCCCUUUGAAAUCUAUCAAAGCAACGUGCCAAUCACCAGGUUCAACUCUGCUUCUGUUCCCAUCCGGUGUUACUACCCAAGACACGGUAAUGUGAGCAGUAAUGCCAUCAAGCCAACAUGGAUUCCAUUCAGCACCACUGUGACCUCAGAAGAGCGGCUGGCCUUCUCCUUGCGUCUCAUGACUGCGGACUGGAGCGCUCCCGGUCAAUCCCUGGUCUUCCAGCUUGGUGACAUGUUCUACAUAGAAGCCUCUCUGGAGACCCAGAACCAUGCCCCAAUGAUCCUGUUUGUGGACAGUUGUGUGGCCACCAUUACCCCAGAUGUGGCCUCCACUCCUCGCUAUGAGAUCAUCUCUAACUAUGGGUGCUUGGUGGAUGGGACGGAAGAAGAUUCCUCUUCAGUCUUUGUUUCUCCAAGACCCCAAGCAGACAAGCUUCGCUUCAUGGUGGAUGCCUUCAGGUUCACCAACAAUGCUGCCUCUCUGAUCUAUAUUACCUGUUCCCUGAGAGCAGCUGCCAUCAACCAGACCCCUGACCCAGUGAACAAAGGCCUAUCCAGUCUGAGAAAAAGGGAAUCUGGUGGACAUGCCCAAUAUAUGAGGAAACACUAUGAGGCUUUCUGGCUUUCUACACGAUAUUCAGUCCCUUAUCUCCUGCUAGAAAAUGGUAUGACACUUGUUCUGUCUCCAGUUUCAAGCUGUUCCGUUGUUUCUGCUUAA